AUGUCACCUUUUAGCUCUCUACUUACUAUUCGAUCCAAGUCUGAUCUCACCCAUUCGUCAGUAUCUCCAACUGCAUCCAUAUCUGACACUGAUUCCACCACUCGAAUUACAUUUGCAGAUGGAUCCUCUACAUCAUUAAUUGAAAUGUAA